AUGGGAUGCAGGUCCAGCACGUUGGAGUGCAUGGAGGACAAAAGGGACACGGAGAAGAGGAAACAGUCGGACUCGCUGGAUCAAGGAUCUCUAGUCGACAUAGGAAAAUCGGAGUACGACAUUCUGGAAAAGCCACCAUUCAAAGAAGUCCCAACUGGAGACGAAGCAGUGGAUCAUUCUACAGUGUAUCUGUUCCAGAAAGGGGCGCAAGAAAUUGGAACAUACCCGUUAACGAACAGUGUUCCUGAUCUCAUUAAGAUAUUACUGGUCUUCCCGAAAGAUGAUCAGCAGAUGGACAUACUUGCCACCACUUCCAGAAGACUGGGGUGGAGCGUAUCGGUGGCAAAAGAUGCGGAAGAAGCUGUCGAGUUCUUCCAAAAUCGAGGUCACGAGCUAGUGAUCAUCGAUCAUCGGGGGCAACGUGGUACCCAAGCCGAUGCGAUUUGUAGAGCGAUUAGGUCUAGUCCAGUUUACCAUAAUACCGUUGUCAUAGCUCUUGUAAAAAAAUCGUAUUUUAUGCAUACCGAAAAAGAUAAAAUCGUGUCACUGGAUUUGUUAGAAAUAGGAUUCACCAGAGCUUUAAUGGAGUGCUCCCACGAAGGGAUAUUAAUUAACGAAUUAGUGGGAAUUUAUACCAGCACUUUGCUACCAAGAACACAACUAGCGGCUGCUGACGCGUUGUAUGUGGCUCUUGACAGAUGCCGUGAUAUGGUACACGUGACAAAUGAUAAACACAUUGUACAGUUUGUUAAUAAAAUUAGCGAGAAGUUGUUAGGCUAUACGAUCACAGAAAUAUUAGGGAAAAACAUCAGUGAGAUAGUUCUCUACGAAAAUUUCGUAGUGAUGGAGCAGCAGAUCAGCAAAGGUCACGAAUUCGAGGGGAACAUGAACUGCAAACGAAAAAAUAAUCAAAUGCUCACUCUCAACUGCAGGAUAGUACCUUUCAGUAUCACUCUGAAAAAACCAACUCACUACAUAUACGUGUACGAUACGAUGUACCUGUCAGAAAAUAUCGAUCCAUCGGUCGAUAAAGAUCAACAACCGGGUCUUCCAAAGCAGAGUACAGUUGCGACACAAAGGCGGACAUCUGAUAUGAAAUCAGGCACCAGCGACAGCCGAAGGCGGUCCAGUCUGCGCAAACUGUACAGUUUACAAUUGGAAGCACCAAUUACAAAAGUGAUCACACUUCUUUCUAACGCGAUCACGGAGUCGACGAAUCCUGAAACAGCUGCACAGAUAGACAAGGCAAUAGAAAUGUUGAAAACUACCGAACUAUACGUGCCACAUCUAAGGGAAGAUAAAACCUUCACUGACCCCGUGGCUACUGACCUCGUCGGAGCCUUGUUAGCUUCGCCCCGAAAACCAUGGGAAUCAAGAAGAUCGUCGGUGGAGUCAGCACGGUUGUCUACGUACAAAGCUGUCGCUCUGACCUCAGGUUCCUCUCGAAUGCAGAUCAAAGGAUUCAGGGGGCCUCAGGAAAUCGCGGAAAUAUUGGACAAGUGUUUAGAUUGGAAUUUCGAUGUAUUCAAACUUGAAGUUCUCACGGAAAAAAGGCCACUAUUGUUCCUUGGGAUGACAAUCAUGAAUCUGUACCGGGUACCAGCAAGAUUAGGCUGCGAUGAGAAGGUCGUGCAAAAUUGGCUAACCGUAAUCGAAAUGAACUAUCGAUCUACUAAUUGUUAUCACAAUUCGACUCAUGCUGCUGAUGUACUACAAGCCACUGCUAGGUUUAUGCAGUCCGAAACGUUGAAACAGAUUUUGGAACCCUUGGACGAAGUUGCGGCUUUGAUUGCUUCUGCUGCGCAUGAUCUUGAUCAUCCCGGUAGAUCGAGCCAAUUUCUCUGCAACGCCGACAGCAAGCUAGCGAUCCUCUACAAUGAUUUGUCCGUGCUUGAGUCACACCAUGCAGCGUUAACGUUCAAGCUAUCCUUAGAAGAAGACAGUGCGAACAUUUUCAAAAACUUGGAACGAGACACAUACAAGCUAGUCAGGCAGAUAGUCAUCGAUAUGAUUCUAGCCACUGAAAUGACCAAACACUUUGAACAUCUGGCGAGGUUCAUGAACGUCUGCAGCUCCAGAGUUACGGAUAAUCAGAUGGAAGCUUACUCAGGUAAUCUGGACAUGUCAGUGGUACUACAGCCAGAAAAUGUGGUGCUGGUGAAGAGAAUGAUGAUCAAAUGUGCGGAUGUGUCGAAUCCAACGCGACCACUAAAAUAUUGCAUAGAAUGGGCCAGAAGAAUCGCCGAAGAGUAUUUUAGUCAGACUGACGAAGAAAAGAGAUUGAAGCUGCCAGUAUUGAUGCCUAUGUUCGACAGACAAACAUGCUCGAUACCAAAAUCGCAGAUCGGUUUUGUCGAUUAUAUCAUCAACGACAUGAUCGAAACAUGGGAUGCAUUUAUCGACAUGCCAGAACUAGUGGGGUACAUGAGACACAAUUACGAGAAAUGGAAAGAAUAUAGUGUAAGUAUCUUUUUCAACAAUUUCAUUAUAUUCUGACUAAAAUCACAUAUGCUUUGCUAUUUCUCAAAAUUUAGUCUUUCAAUUCUUGUAGAUUCAGUAAAAUACGGUUAUGCUUUUAUCAAAGAGAAUUUAUUAAAAUGUUUAUGUUAAAAUAAUGAGAAAUGAUACGCUUCAAAACUUACAUUCUUUAACAUCACAUUAUAUGAAGUAUCUUUAUUUUUGCAGUAGUUGAUUAUCUGAGUAACAAUUUUUUAUAGGAACAAGAAAUAUAUAGAAUAAAAGAGAAUUUAUUAAAACAAGCUAUAUUAGAAUAGUAAAAAGUGAUACGCUUCAAAUAUUACAUUCCUUAACAUCACAUCAAAUGAAGUAUCUUUAUUUUUGUAGUAGUUGAUUAUCUGAGUAACAAUUUUUUACAGGAACGAGAAAUAUUGAGUAUAAAAGAGAAUUUAUUAAAAUAAU